AUAGGAACUGGUUCUAAACAACGAAGAAGCACAAUGAAGUUAUUAUUGCUAUUUCUUAUGAUCAUGGCUUCAACAACGUUAGUCAUGGCGACAUGUCCCUCUUAUUCUUCCAUCUUCAGCUUCGGUGAUUCCGUCACCGACACCGGCAACAGGAAACUGAUCUCCUCUACCAAUAUAUGCUCCCCACCUCCCUACGGCCAAACAUACUUUCAUCAUCCAACUGGUCGUUGUUCCGAUGGACGCCUCAUCAUUGAUUUCAUAGCGGAGUCAUUGGGGAUUCCAAUGGUGAAACCGUAUUUGGAAAUUAAGAAUGGUGUAUUGAAAAAUAAUCCAGCAAAGGAAGGAGCGAAUUUUGCGGUUGUGGGAGCAACAGCGUUAGACGAUAGUUUCUUUAAAGAGAGAGGUGCUUAUGAUCAUCCUCACAGUUAUUCAUUAUCGAUUCAGUUGAAUUGGUUCAAGGACCUUCUCUCUACUCUUUGCAAUUCUUCAGAAAGUUGCCAUGAAGUUCUUAAAAACUCAUUGUUUCUUGUGGGAGAGAUUGGAGGAAACGACUUCAAUUAUCCCUUAUUUAAACGAAGGAGCAUAGAAGAGGUUAAAGAAUACAUACCACAUAUAAUAAAAUCAAUAGUUUCAUCAAUCAAAGAGUUGAUUGAUCUAGGGGCAAGCACACUCUUAAUCCCUGGGAUGUUUCCAAAGGGAUGCAAUUCAGUCUAUUUAUCCAUUUAUGAAACCAAAGAUAUGAACCAAUAUGACUCAUUUGGUUGCUUGAAAUGGUUAAACGAAUUUUGUGAGUCUUAUAACCAGAAGCUCCAAUAUGAGAUAUUCAACCUUGGCAAAAUUCAUCCUCAUGCUAAACUCAUAUAUGCUGAUUAUUACAAAGCAGCAUUAUCAUUAUAUCAAAAUCAAUCAAAAUUUGGUUUUAUAGGUCUCAAAACCUGUUGCGGGAAGGGAGGUCGAUAUAAUCUAAGUGUGAAUCAAACUUGUGGCAUGCCAAGUGUGAAUGCAUGUGAUGAUACUUCUAAAUAUAUUUCGUGGGAUGGUCUUCAUUUGACAGAGGCUGCAUAUAGAUUGAUGGCUGAUGGUGUCAUUAAGGGGUCCUAUACUCUCCCCAAAUUUAGUAUCUUCCCCUCCAAGAAACCCACUGAAAAGCAUAGCUUUAAAAAACGGUCGCUGCCGCGUCACGGUCGCAUAUAGGCUUUUACAAUUUUGGU